CAACGAGAUUUCAGGAGGUCGUAUUUCUGAAGGUCACUCACAUCUUCAGAACAACCAGGAUGGCCUACCGAUUUUCUCAUCUAAGUGGAAGACUGGUAGCGUCAUCACAACUUGCAGCAUACAGACCGCAGGGAGUACAGGCAUAUGUUUUACCUAAAAUAACACCAAAACCAGCUGCCUCUUCACAGCCACAGACAAGAGAAAGUAGUACAUCUUAUAGUGUGACUGAUCCAUUUGAAAAUGGUUUUGCAACCGGUAUUACCACUAACGCAUGGCACAGAUACAGAAAUAAAGUACACAGAAAGAGGAAAGAUGAAGUUCUAUUUAACAUAAAACAGAAUGAUGCUGGUAUUGAAGUAUUCUUUUUCAAACCAAGAGAAAAAGUAAUGUACUAUCUUGUACACUUAAUUGCAGCUUUUGCAAUGUGUCUAAACAUAUAUAUUUGGAAUACUACAAAUAGAAAAAUGGACUGGGAAAGAUUUGGAAAAGUCAAGUAUUAAAAGAGAGUGCUAAUUAGUAUGGUAUGUGGAGGACAUGUCAGUUCUUUAGAAGAGACAAAUAGCAUCUUUUGAUCUAUAAAGUUGAUUGAAUGACAAUGAUUUUUAUUAAAUGUGUUGUACACUU